GGAUAGAGAGAAGACACUUAGAGGGACUUGACUCUCCUCUUAGUGUGCUCAACUGCUCUGUCAAACCUCUCUUUCUGCUCCUUCUUCUCUCUGUGAAUCCUUUCCUCUCAGAGGAAACCAUGUCCGUUCAAAUCAGCAGAACCGUAAAAACCAGCAGAAGUAGUGGUGGCUUUGGAGGUGGAAGUACCUAUGGAGGUGGAACCAGCUUUGGUGGUGGAAGCAGCUAUUCUAGUGGCGGAGGCGGAGGUGGAGGUGGAGGACGAAACUAUUCCUCAAGAUCUCUCUCGUUUGGUACUUCUCGACCAAUUAUGAGUUCAUCUAGCUCAAUGCUUCAAUCAAGCAUGAGGAGUAGUGGUGGUGGUGGUGGUUUUGGUGGUUACGGUGGUGGUGGUGGUGGUGGUGGUGGUUACGGUGGUGGUGGUUUCAGUGGUGGUGGAUAUGGUGGUGGUUACGGUGGUGGUGGUGGUGGCAGUGGCGGUGGUGCAUACGGCAUCCCCUUCGGUGGUGGUGGUGGCGGCGGAUUCCCUGGAGGAAUGGGAGCCAUCACAGCCGUCACAGUCAACUCACAACUGCUAAGCCCCAUGAACAUUGAAAUCGACCCCAACAUCAGCACUGUCCGCACCCAAGAGAAAGAGCAGAUCAAGACCCUGAACAACCGCUUCGCCAGCUUCAUUGACAAGGUCCGCUUCCUGGAGCAACAGAACAAAGUGCUGGAGACCAAAUGGAGCCUGCUGCAGGAUCAGACCACCACCCGCUCCAACAUCGACGCCAUGUUCGAGGCCUAUAUCGCCAACCUGCGCAGACAGCUCGAUGGGCUCGGCAAUGAGAAAAUGAAGCUGGAGGGAGAGCUGAGGAACAUGCAGGGCCUGGUUGAGGACUUCAAGAACAAAUAUGAAGAUGAAAUCAACAAGCGUGCCAGUGUGGAGAAUGAGUUUGUGCUCCUGAAGAAGGAUGUAGAUGGCGCCUACAUGAACAAGGUUGAGCUGGAGGCCAAAGUUGACUCCCUUCAGGAUGAAAUCAACUUCCUCAGAGCUGUCUUUGAGGCGGAACUGAAUGAGCUCCAGGGACAGAUCAAGGACACUUCGGUCAUUGUGGAGAUGGACAACAGUCGCAACCUGGACAUGGACUCCAUUGUGGCUGAAGUCAAGGCUCAGUAUGAGGAAAUUGCCGCCAAUAGCAAGAAAGACGCUGAAUCCUGGUACCAGCAGAAGUUCCAGGAGAUCCAGACCAGUGCCGGUAAUGCUGGAGACGACCUUCGCAACACCAAGAGUGAGAUUGCUGAGCUCAACCGCAUGAUUAGCCGCCUCCAGAAUGAGAUUGAAGCAGUCAAGGGACAGCGUGUCAACCUAGAGGCCCAGAUCGCUGAGGCUGAGGAGCGUGGUGAGAUCGCAGUGAAGGAUGCCAAGGCCCGCAUCAAGGACCUUGAGGAUGCCCUGCAGAGAGCGAAACAGGACAUGGCCCGCCAGGUACGCGAGUACCAGGAGCUGAUGAACGUCAAACUGGCCCUGGAUAUUGAGAUCGCCACCUACAGGAAGCUCCUAGAAGGAGAGGAAUGCAGAAUCGGUCAAGGUGGCGGAAAUGCAACCAUUCACAUCACCUCAUCUUCAAGUGGUGGUGGCGGCGGCGGCGGCGGCUUUGGCGGCGGCUUUGGCGGCGGGUCUGGCGGCGGCUUUGGCGGCGGGUCUGGCGGCGGCUUUGGCGGCGGGUCUGGCGGCGGCUUUGGCGGCGGCAUGGGCGGUGGCGGCGGCGGCUUUGGCGGCAGCGGUUUUGGAGGCGGCAGCAGCGGUAGCAGCUAUGGCGGCGGCUAUGGCAGCGGAGGAUUUAGCAGCGGUGGUGGUGGCAGCAGCAGCAUGGUGAUGAAAUCAACCAGCUCCUCCUCUCGGUCCUACCGUUAAAAGCAGCAGAUGUUUUUCCCUCCAUUCUUCUUUUUCUCUCAUUUAGUUCCCCUCCUCUUGUCACUUCCCUUCUUUCUGACCCUCAGUCAUAAAACGUACUUAAACCCAAGUCGUCUCUUUCUCACAAACAUUUUACUAUUCUCAUUUGUUAGAUCCAUGUAAUGGUUCAGCUCUCUUUGACUUAAGUUACUGUGUCCCUGCUCCCUCUUUGGUACCUAUACUACCUACAGAGAUUACUUCAGGAUACAAGUCGAGAUAUAGAAAUGAUAAGAGCAGAAACUAAGAGCAGCAGAAAUGUGAGUCAGUACUCUCUUCAUUUGAUCAGUCAGCCCGGCUGGCUUUUGGUUGCUAGAUUUGUUGUCAGGCAGACAAGAGGAUACUUGUAGUGUCAUGACACAGUUUCCUUACAAGGCAACAAUCAUUGCACACAAAAUGCAAAGAGCAGCUUUGAGACUUCUCUGUUGUCUCACAUCUGUCAUUUUGCUGUGCAUUUUAAGAUCAUCAAAAGCAGCCACAUAUAACACUCUCAUAACUUCCUUUUAUGAUCCUAUGGUGUUUCACUUUCCACUUACACGCUGAAUAAAAUAAGAAAUACGGAAAAGGCUGAUUGUGAAAACAAGAUUCAUUGUGAAUUUACCACCCUAACAUCUGCAAUAAAUCUGAUUUCAUUCCCAUCAA